UGCUGAACUGAGAUCACCUAGCUACAGACUUACACUUCGUUGUUGGAAACGCAAUUUGGAAGCUGUACAACAACCAUGAUUAAGAAAAUAUCACCCUCCGAGAAUGAUUUUGACAUCCCAGCCAAGAACUGCUCCAGGAUGGUGAUCUUGGGUUCUACAAAGGUCGGAAAAACCGCAAUAGUAUCCAGGUUUUUGAAUGGAAAGUUUGAUGAUCAGUACACCCCGACUAUUGAGGAUUUUCACAGGAAGUUUUACAGUAUCAGGGGAGAAGUGUAUCAGCUGGACAUUUUGGACACUUCAGGAAACCACCCGUUCCCUGCUAUGAGACGACUAUCCAUACUUACAGGUGACAUCUUCAUCCUGGUGUUCAGUAUUGACAGCAAGGACUCCUUCGAGGAGGUCAAGCGGCUGAAGCAACAGAUAUUCGAAACCAAGUCCUGCUUGAAAAACAAAACCAAGGAGAACGUGGACGUGCCCUUAGUGAUCUGUGGAAACAAGGGAGACGGGGAUUUCUACCGCGAGGUGCAGCCCGGGGAAAUCGAGCAGCUCAUCGCUGGGGACAGCUCCUGCGCCUACUUUGAAAUUUCAGCCAAGAGAAACACCAACGUGGACAAGAUGUUUCAGACCCUGUUCAGCAUGGCUAAGCUGCCGAGCGAAAUGAGCCCGGACCUGCACAGAAAGGUAUCGGUACAGUACUGUGACAUUCUGCACAGAAAGUCUAUCAAGAACAAGAAGCUCAAGGAUGACGAUUCGUAUGGAAUUGUAGCGCCUUUCGCACGGCGCCCGAGUGUCCACAGUGACUUGAUGUAUAUCAAGGAAAAGGCAAUUGGUGGAGGCCAGGGUAAAGACAAAGAGAGAUGCGUCAUUAGCUAAAUACUGACUGUCUAUUAAUGUAUUGGAAGGAAUAUGGUCCAAUUAUGUAUUGGCUGAGGCGUUUCAGUAUCUCCUUGAACGCAUGUGGGCGCCAGCUUUGCGGGCAGUUCAGGUCUGGCUCGUGCGGAGCAACUGUGUCUAGUCUUACUGAGAGAGGUCUGAGAGACACGUGAGGCGAAUAUUUUGUGUACAAGACACACACACACACACACACACACACACACACACACAAAGAAAAAACUAAAACAAAUGUUUUGAGGAGAUAAAAGAAUGUAAUGUGCUUGCGAUACACACAAAACAUACACAAAUACUUUGAGGUAUUUUUAUUUGAAAAAAUACAACAACAAAACUUCAGGGUAGAGUGCAAAUGUGAUUAAAAACGAAAUGUUUACAUUUUGUUAAUACAACAUGAACAUGAAUUUUGCACAGAUUUUAAUGUGAACUUUUGUUAUUUGUACUUGCAAGUGAAGUGUUGAGUUAAAAAAAAAAGUUUGGUAAAAUAUUUUGUCUUUUGAAAUAUAAUUUCAAUAUUACACGUUUAGUUUUAUUUUGUAUCAAUCUUUAAUUUCAUACCCCCUCCCCACACCCCAGGCACACCCUUAUUACUGGAUACAUGGGUAAAAUCAGAAGUAUAACGUCUAUUUUUAUUAAAAUCAAACCGUUUCUUUUCUAUAUGAGAAAAAACUAAACACCUCACAAGCAGAUUCAAUCAAACCCCAACUAGGAGUUAACAUCCCUAAACCCAUAAAACACUUGGCAACUUUUGAAUGUUAAUUGAUCAUUUCAAGCCACAAUAUCUUAAUUGCAGCAAAUUCCUGAAAAUUGCCUGUCCGGGUCCACCAAUCCUGGACAUGCGUCCUGCCCCAAGACAUUAGAUGGGGCUGAGGUUAGCUAUUGCAUGCCCAGGGUUUGUGGACUUUGG